UGUGGCUGCUCCUUCGUACAGCCCACUUCUUUUUCUUCUUCUUCUUCCUCUUCUUCUUCUUCUUCUUCUUCUUCUUGUUCGCAGGGGGAGCUGACUUGAUGCGCAUAAUAAAUCAUCUCUGCAAGAUUCCCUCCAAGUCCAAAUUCAGAACUACGCGUGUUGGAUUUGAGAGUGCAAACAAGGGCGAGAGUCGAGCCUCUUAACUGGGGAUGUUUCAAAUGUGAUUCAGCACGGCAAACAACGUGGGUGUUGUGUGUGUGUAUAUGUGUGUGUGUGUGUGUUUUUUUUAGUGGGGAGUGGAGAAAGAGGAGAGCAGCGAUAUGAAACGCGGGAUGUUUAUGCCUCCUGCAUUACCCGUUAUCUCUGACUGACCACCGGCUCAAUUGUUCACCUGUAUGAACGACCUUGCGAUUUUUCUCCCCUAAAAAAAGGCUUUCCAUGGAGGAUCAAUCUGUCGCUUUUUCCGUGAGGGCAGAAUUUGGUUCCUGCUGGUCUCAAGAAAUUUCAAGAUAAGAGGUCAAGCUCCCCUCUCUCGGAGAACACGAGUGCCAUUUCAAAGCUUAUUGGAUGAAAGUCUCAUUUGCCCUUGGCUGCCAAAGAUGACGUUGCCAUGGAAACAGCUUCUACUGUUAUCAAUCAUCGACUGUCUGGCAGAUUGUUUGGACACUGGAUCGUACCAUGGUCCAAGAUGGAGGAUGGAGCCAGGUGACUUGUUCAUUCCUGUCGACUCCAUAGAAGAAGAAGCUACUCUGACCUGUGAUGCUAAGGGAACGCCAUCUCCUCAGUACAGAUGGUCAUUGAAUGGGACUCUCAUAAAUCUGGGCCUGGAUCGCCGGCGGCGUCUGUCUGGGGGCAACCUCAUUAUAAGCAGUCUGGACCGCUACCAGGAUGUAGGAAUGUACCAGUGCAUGGCGUUCAACACUGUAGGAGCAAUUCUCAGCAGGAGAGCCAGUCUGCAGUUUGCCUACUUAGAUCAUUUCAAAGUCCACACCAGAAGCGCAGUGUCAGUCCGUGAGGGACAAGGAGUGGUGUUACUUUGUGGAACGUCCACUUCCUCAGGAGACCUUACGUAUGCAUGGGUCUUCAAUGAGUACCCUUACUUUGUUCAACAAGACAAUCGGCGUUUCGUCUCCCAGCAGACGGGAAAUCUUUACAUCGCCAAGGUUGACCCCUCAGACGUGGGCAACUACACUUGUGUGGUGAUGAACAGCAUCACAAAGGGCAAGAUUCAGAGCUCACCUACAUCUCUGAUCCUCAGGACAGAUGGAGUGAUGGGCGAAUACGAGCCGAAAAUAGAAGUUAAUUUCCCAGACAAUGUACCCGCAGCAAAAGGAUCAACAAUUACGCUGGAAUGUUUCGCCCUUGGGAACCCUGUCCCAGAAAUCACCUGGAAGAGAGCUAACGGCGUUCCCUUCCCAAGCAAAGUCAAAAUGAAGUACUCUAAUGCUGUGCUGGAGAUACCCAGCUUCCAGCAGGAUGAUACGGGAGGAUACGAGUGUGUAGCUGAGAACAAGAUGGGCAAGAACAUAGCCACCGGUCGGCUGGCCUUCUAUGCCAAGCCUCAGUGGAUCCAGGCCACGAAGGACACGGCCCUGGCCAUAGAGGAGAGACUUUACUGGGACUGCCGAGCCAAUGGCAAGCCCAAGCCCGCCUACACGUGGCUGAAGAACGGCCAACAGCUUCUCUCUGAGGACAGAAUCCAUGUGGAGGACGGAGUCCUGUCAGUGUCCGCGCUGACACUCUCUGAUGCCGGCAUGUACCAGUGUGUGGCUGAGAAUAAACAUGGUGUCAUAUAUUUCUCUGCUGAACUAAUGGUUUUAGCCUCUCCGCCAGACUUCACAGGAAACGUCCUCAGAGCUUUGCUCAAAGCCAAGGCAGGAACCACAGUGACUUUAGAGUGUAAACCCCAGGCCUAUCCCAUCGCCAGCAUCUUAUGGAAGAAAGGAAACCUCCCUAUCCACACCAACGACAGGAUCACACUCUCCCCAGAUGGAACAUUGAGGCUUGCCAACGUGAGCAAGUCUGAUGCAGGCAGCUAUACGUGCUUCGCAAGGAAUAGAUUUGGCAUGUCAAGUACAACAGGACGGCUCCUCGUUACCGAUCCAACCAGAAUCACCCAGGGGCCCGUGGACAUGGAGAUCAUAGUGGGCGAGAGUAUCGUGUUACCCUGUCAAGUCUCCAGUGACCCCGUCCUUGACGUUUCUUUCUCCUGGGCCUUCAACGGACAGCUGAUCGCCAAGGGAGACGGUCACUUUGAGCUAGUGGGUGGGAGAACAGCAGGGGAUCUGAUGAUCAGGAACAUUCAGCUUUACCAUGCCGGAAAAUAUAUCUGUGUGGUGGACACGGACGUGGAGAGCCUGUCAGCCGUGGCUGUAUUGAUUGUCAAAGGCUCCCCCACCCCCCCAGACUCGGUGACGGUGGUGGAGGUGACAGACAGUACAGCCCAGCUGGCCUGGAGUCCCGGCAGAGACAACGGCAGCCCCAUCACCAAUUACCUCAUCCAGACCAGGACUCCCUUCACCCUGGGAUGGCAAAGGGUUAACACAGUCCCAGAGAUGAUCGAUGGAAGCACACUGACAGCCACUGUAGUGGACCUUAAUGCCUGGGUGGAGUAUGAGUUUCGUGUUUUGGCCAAAAACAGUGUUGGGGUCGGAGAACCCAGCCCUGUGUCGGUCAAGACCAGGACAGAGGACGCAGUUCCUGACGCGGCGCCAGGUGACGUGGGUGGAGGAGGUGGGAGCAGGUCAGAACUGGUCAUCACAUGGGAGCCUGUCCCUGAAGAACUACAGAAUGGUGAGAGCUUUGGUUACAUCAUUGCUUUCCGUGCCUUUGGAGAAGUUAGCUGGACCCACGUGGCCACCUCGGCCCCCGGUGCCUCGCGCUACGUGUACCGCAACGAGAGCAUCGCGCCCUUCUCUCCAUUUCACGUCAAGGUUGGCACAUACAACAGCAAAGGGCAGGGUCCCUUCAGCGCCGUGGUCACCAUCUACUCUGCAGAGAUAGAGCCGAGCGGAGUGCCAGCAGGAGUUUGGGCCAGAAGUGUCUCCGCCUCUGAGAUUGAGGUGAAUUGGCAAGCUCUCUCCUUCACCCCUGAAAGGGUUCUGGGCUAUGAGGUGGCAUACUGGGAAGAUGACACCAAACCAGAGACCAUGGGGAAGGUCAGGGUGCCUUGGAACCAAACCUCGGUCACAGUUAGCGGCUUGGCAGGAAUCACGCAGUAUUUCCUCACAGUCAGCGCCUUCAACACAGCCGGCACUGGCCCCUUCCUACCAGCAAUCAAUGUCACCACAAAAAAGCCACCACCCGCCCUACCACCGCUGAAUGUGGAAUGGACUCUAAUCGGCUCUCAGCUGUCUCUUUACUGGGAACCUGUGGUGGCAAUGGAGUCAGAGUCAGAAGUUACAGGCUACCAACUGUCAUACAGGAGGCAGAGGCUCAAAGAGGUAUACACCCUCACUACAGCCAAUUCAACAGCAGAGCUGACCCUCCCCGAGGAAGAUGACGACUACAUCAUCCACAUUCAGACGCUGAGUGAAGGAGGGCUGGGCCCGGCCUCUGACACAAUACGAAUCCACCAACUAAGUAUGAGUGCCCGCGGCUCGAGAGCCUGGAGUGCGGACACCUGCCCCCUCUCCCUGCUUCUGGCCAUUGCAAUAUCAACAUUCAGGUCAACGUCGUGACACAAUGACAAACUCCGCUUUGUUUUUUCAACCUUGUUAAUGGUUUUAUUUUUCUUGAAUUUGUGAAAGUUGCUGAGGUUUUUUUUCUCUCUUAUUUUUGGAGGUGACCACAUACUAUUUUGCAGUGUUAGAUUGCGGGUAUGAGGCAGCACAAGAGUGGAGCAUGCUGUCAAGCACUUAUUAACAGUAAAUUAGCUUUUUUUUUUUAAACAAUGCUACAUUUCAACACUUUUUUUUCUCGACUAGAUUGAUACAGAUGCCUUACUUACUUCCAUCCAUGUGCCAAAGUAGUUUCAGCCUUCUUGUUGUUGCUAAGAUAGCUACGUGCUUUCCUCAACAUUUUAUCCCUCACAGAUUCUUAUUGUUGAAGGUCUUAGUGUACCUUGCGAAAGGCCAUGAUGAGAAGUUGUAUUUUGUAUUUUUGAAUAUUUUCAGUUUACCUCUCCACAUAUGAAUUGGCGACUAGGAACAUGUCCAUUCACCCGUGCCCGUGCCUUUGGAGAUUCUUGUAACGGCCUCACUUAUAGACAAUAGUCAGCGAUGCUCAGUGUUUCAGAACAUACUGCAGCCGCCUUCAUCUUAUGCGCUCCAUUAAAAGUUGUCCCAGAUGAAACUCAUAAAACAGCUCAGAGUGCCGGUGUAAGCCAUUUACCUUUUAUCAUUUGAUUGUGCAGAGCUGAAUGUGUACCGUGAGGGCUCGUACAGGUUUUAAUGCCUCAGACCAGUUAUUUUGAUGGCCCGCUGAUUGAUGGAUUGGACUUUACUCUGCACUCACGAAGAUUACAUCUGCCUGUAUACAGCAGUAGUAGGAGAGGUAUAUGACUGCCAGUGUAUUUCCGUUAACACUAAUGCUGAAACAAUCACCAGGAAAUAAUCAACAACAAGUCAUUGGAGUCAUUUAUCAAGGAAAAAUGCACACCAUACCCAACAAGGUGUGUGUAUGAGUUCAAUCCAUUUGACGCCACAAAAUCCAACUCGGAGGGUAUUAUUCCACUUUAUACCAUGGCCACAUGCCAAACAACUGCUAUAGGUCUACAAAAUAAAGAUAUAGAAUAUAUACAGAAUAUUCAAACAAUCAUAAUAUAAAAAAUAUAUACAAUCCGCUUUACAACACAAGCAUUUUUCCCAUUCCAAGAAUAUUUUCACUGAUUGCACUCAAAUCGCAAAGCAACACGGUCAAUUCUUAAGGAUUCAAAACAGCAGUUAAAUACUUUUUAAGAGGUGAAUAGCUAUUCCUAAUCACUUUAACAAAAGUUUCACACAAAAAUAAAAUGUUCCAAGAUGUACCUAUUGGCUUUCAACCUCAAAUAUUUCAGCAAACAGUUUGGAUUAUCAUAAUUUAUGUUCUCUAACUGCAAUCCGACACCUUUGGUUGUGUCAACUGAACAAACUCAACUGAGUAAACUUCAAUUUAUUUUGAAAACCGUGAUGUGGUUAAAAGAUUCUUAAGGUGUUACAUUUACCUUGAGUUAGGAUUAGCUUUUCAAAAGACUUUAGUACUGUUGCAUUUGUUUAUCAUGGCAAACAAACCCCUCUGUUUUGUUUCUGAUGCCCUCGUUACUAGACCUUUCGCCAAUCAGGAUCCAUAAUUAUCCGUGGCCAUGGUAUGCAUGUGAUAACAUAUUUGGGUUUUGGACUGUUGGUCAGACAAAAGAAGACCUGUAUUUGAAAACAUCUCUUGGGUUCUGGGAAAUUGUGAUGCUCACUUUUCUUAAUUUUUUGACAUUUUAUAGAAAAAUCGAUUAAUAAAUAAUCAUUAGUUGGAGCCCUAGUUUACAUCCAUCUGGGCGACACACAGUAGCCGUGCCAGUCAUUGUGCAUAAUCAGCCAUCGCAGUCAAGAUGCGGAGGGAUUUAAAGUGCUGCCAAUUGUGCCAGUCUGAUCAUUGAAAUCUAGCCACCAGCUUAGACAUUAUUUGGCAAAAUGUAUGGUCAGCUGUGUUUUAAUACUUUGUGAAUCUGUCCUUUCUUGUCAGUUGUAUUGGCUUUUUUUAUGUGGUAUGUGUUGUCAUUGUUUCCUUUAUGUAUUUCAGCAAAAACCCCACUGCUCAGGUAUUCAGACCUGCUUACCCCUACAGUACAUUUCAAUGGCCCUAAAGUGGCAGGAACAGAUAUAUCAGUUACCUGUCAGCACACAACACAAGGGUCCAUUUAACAGACUGACUUGACGAAUGGAAAGCCUGAUAUGCGCCAUGAUUUAGCAGACAUUAAAACAUCUUAAUGAAUUAGAGCACGCCUGAGGGGCUCCUGUGGGAAAGGGCAUAGGAGUAAUGGUACUAAUGACACCCACAAAAGACAAAUGUAUCAGGAUUUAGGGAGGACUAAAUCAGGACAAUCCCAUCAAGAUGACACCAGGAAGAUUCAAGGGUGUGUGUGUGUGUGUGGUUAUUAGCCUACACUACGGUGUGUUUGCAAGAAAUCUCUGCUGGGGGAAUAUCAUUUAAACUAAUUUCUUGUACUUAACCCUGGUUCAGCGCUUUGGGCACCUGAAGCAUGUGGACAUUCAAAUAGAGCAAUUCAAGGUCAGUACGGGCAAUAUGAUAUAUUGUAAUUAAAAUCAAAUUACAAUGAAAGCCAGUGCAAAGGAACAAAUGGAACCGAGCUUCAUAAUCCAGAAGGCCAUGUCAGGUACAAGUCUGUUUUCAAUGUGUAGACAAAAUGCUUUCUCCCCACGAUGAGUGUUGAAGACUUUCUGAAAGCGGUCUUUGAAUCCUGUUAUGUUGUUUUUGUGGCUUUACGUGUGGUUAAUCUGUACACAUUCUUUCAUUACAGAAUGUCAUUGUUAGGCUAACAAAUGUUUACACAGGAAAUGCAUCUUUUUGGCUGAUUUAUUGAUUAUAUGAACAGAAAAAGACAACCUUACGCAUUGUAUGAACUUGUGUCUUGGGUACAUAGAAGCAUUGCCAACCUCUUUGUUUUUGUAACGUAUCAGUACUGUGGAUAUGUUUUGAUUUGGACUUUGAUUUUUUCUUUUUUUUAAUGUUUGAUAUUGUUCCUGAUUGUUUCUUUUAUUUUGUUUCUUCCAAAGAUUCUGCACAAAGGUCAAGUGUUGCUUUAGAAUAACAAUUAAGAGCCAGUGCUAUGAGAUCUGUCUUGCCUUCAUACAGUAAACAGUACAUACUGUAUGUAUUUUGUUGUGAUUUGAAGCAACGCCCCCAACUGCGAGACCAAACCGUGGUUUCCUACUUCUAAUUGUAAUUUUCUUUCCAACCCACAAUCUGAAAUAUACAUGAGCAGAGAAAGAGACAUUUCUAAGCAGCUGCUAUCACACACAGCCUUUUGGUGCAAUGACACAAACACUACCUGUUACAAGGUAGUCAACCAGUGCACAGUAGAUAAUACAAGUAGUGUUAUCUACUUGUACUUCUUUUUAUAAUAUUACAACUUUACAAUUUUCUUGUUACUAUCAAGAUCAGAAAAAAAGGCUGAAUUCAUUGAAAAUAAAUGAGUUAGCCAAACAUUUGUAAUUGGAUAAAGAGUGUUGGAGAAAUACAAUUAGAGCUCUGGGUGACAACGCUUGGCCUUUCUGUUGUGACUCCUCAGUAUUUUGAUGUCCAAGUGAUCUCCGUGAGAUCGUGGCAGUAACAUUUUCACAUUGAAAAGUCAUCAGCUGAUCUUGAUAUGCUGAAGCUGUGCAUGUAUGAUAUUGUUUGGUGCAUUUGUGUUUUCUAAAUGAGGGAGUUAAUAAAAACAAU